AUGAUUGGGAUCUCAGAGGCGCUCGAGAUUACGUCAGACACCCCUAGUACUGGGAGUGCCCCACGUGCUUCCAGCAUAAAUAGUAUCGUUGUUUUGUUUCGCGCUCCAGGUUCCAGCGCAAGCAGCGCCCAGGCGCUCGAGAUUUCAUCAGACACCCAUAGUACUGGGAGUGGCUCACGUGCGCCCAUCAUCCAUAUUAUCGUUGUUUCGUUUCGCGCGCCAGGGUCCAACGCAAGCAGCGCCAGCGCACGAAGCCCUGCUUCUGUGGCUGCUUAG